AUGGAUGUCGACGAUCCGUCUCGAUUAGUGAUUGAAGAGGAUAGCCCUAGUAGUAGUAAUCGGAAUUUGGAAGAAGCUGACGCGGAGGAGAAGUUGAAAAUUGUGGAUGAAGGCGAACAAAAUGCCGAUGAGCUUGACGUUGAUUUGGAUGCUGCAGAAGCUGAAUGCGAAGCCGCCAUUGAGAAAUCGUUGAUACGCAAAAUGAGAUUUCUGGAGUUGUUUAAAAAUGCGCAGAAAAUCCGCGAUUGCUUAGAGGCGCUUCGCGAAUUUAUGAGCGAUGACGAGGUUUUGGAGAAAGAUCGUCUCGAAGUUCAAGCGAUGGUCGAAUCGAGAAUCAAUGAGGAAAAAGCGGCGAGAAAAUUGGAAAAGGAGCAGAAGGCCCGCGGAAUUGUGACGGCGAAUCUCGCGAAUGCUCUUCGAUCAGCUACGGGUAUCGAUAUUGUCACGACGGUCUCGAGCCAACUUCCGCCAUCAACCAGCGAACCGCCGCCGGCGUUUCCGAUAAAUGUUCACGUGCCGCCGCCGACGACGAUCAUCGCCAAUCCGGCUGGAUUCGUUCCGCCAGUUUUCAAUGUUCCGCCACCAGUGGUGACAGCCACCAUUGUGCCAACUGUAACGAUGGAGGCGCCGAAGAAAAUUGCGCCCAUCUCCGAAGACCUUCUAAAUUAUGAGAAAAAGAAAGCGCAAAAGGUUCCGCCGAUUCCCGAAGCUCUUUUACCGCCUGAAAUGAGACCCCGACCGAAAUCGCCGUCGCCUCCUCCACCGAAACGGCGAACUCUGAAAUUGGCCGGCGCUCGACCACGCCGACUUUGGCUCCGCGAGCGCGACACGAACGGUGCGACGCGCGAUAGCGGCGAUGAGGACGACGCCGCUUAUACGGAAAUUGAGCGCAUGAACGUGCGGCUACCAUAUCCGACAAAGAUUAAGAAGAGAACGGAGGAUGAGAAGAAGGAGUUGAACAAGGCGAUGGUCAACACGCUGCUCGAAUUCAAGGAUGAAAUUGUAAAACAGCAAAAGGAGCUCGCGAAGCAGCUCAAAUCCGAACCGCUGCAUGGCGCCAACGCAUCGAUGGCGAAAUUGCACAGAAACUCACCAUUGGCGGUGAAGCGAUAUCACGCUCGACAACUCGUCAAGGAGACUGGAAUGUCUUUGGAAGAAGCGAUGGAAGAGAUUGAAGCGCAGUGCCGCGAAUUUCCGGAGACGGAAGAGCCGUCUCGAAACGACAUCAGCAGGCGGCAUCGGGAAGUGAAUGACGGCGGAAUUCCGGGAAUCGAUCGACCACCAGCUGGACCACCGGUGUCGAAGCGGAAGCGAGGUGGCGUGAAAAAUAGAAUGAAAGAGAAAGACCGACGACGCUUCGAUUCGAGACCGCCGCCAUCAAAACGGGACCGAAGGCCGACAUAUAGGGACCAAAGUCGUUGGGCGCCGAAUGAUGAUUAUCGCUAUAAUGAAUAUGAUGAAUAUGCGGGUUAUUCUGAAGGAUAUCCUCAAUAUGCUGAAGGCUAUGAUGAAGCUUACGACGCGAGCUAUCAGUAUCAGGAUCAAGGCUAUGACGAUUACUACAAUCAGACUGGCGAAUAUGGUGCUGAUUACAACUAUAGCUAUUCGCAGGAUUUCAGCAAUGACGAGCCGUACGAGCAAACUGGCUACAUUGGAUCAUUUGCCGCUUCGUCGUCAUCGGAGAAACCGGAUGAAUCGAGAGCGCCGAGAAAAUAA